UUAUGCGAAAAAAUGUACUAUCAAAAUUUUUUCAGAAUUCCACAAUGGAGUACCUCAUCGAACUCGGCGCGGAAAGAUCGAAGCUCCAGGUAGGCAUACCGCUUUACGGCCAAGCUUAUCGACUGUCCAGCGACGAUCUGACCGGGCUUGGCGAUCCAGCUACCGGUCCUGGAAGUUCCGGGGAAUUCACCAAACAACCUGGUAUGCUGGCGUACUACGAGAUCUGCGACAGAGUGAAGAACAAAGCCUGGAAAAACGGACCCGGGCCUAGUGCUCAUUUCAAGGACCAGUGGGUAGGCUACGACAACGAAGAGAGCAUCUUCGCAAAGGGGCAACACGUACUCCAAAGUGGUUACGGAGGUGUAGCAAUGUGGACCGUCGAUUUGGACGACUUUUCGAAUCGCUGUUGUUUCGAAUCCUUUCCUCUGUUGAAGACUAUUAAUCGCGCAUUAGGCCGAUUGAAGACCAAGCCUGUUAAAAACUGUCAGCGACCAGCAGAGCCAAUAACACCGCAACCUCCAACAAUGACGACUCACAGUGACGCUGUCGAGGACACUCCGCGACCCACCACAGCGAUGGCAAAGCCAACCAUGGGCUCAACUUCGACUCAGAAGACAAGCACGACGACCCAGAGGACAACUUGGCCUAGCUGGUCCGAGAAACCGAGCACCACGACUCAGGGAACAACUUGGCCGAGUUGGUCUUGGAACCCUACGUCGAGUAAACCAUCCACGACGCAGAGCAGUGUUUCAUGGACCUGGACUUCAACCAAAGCGCCCAUUACGAAACCAACCGUUGAAACAACAGAAGCCACAGAAAAGCUACCGGAAUCUUCGAAGCCUGGGAUGAUUUGUAUGAUCGGAAUAUACCAACCAGACCCUGACAACUGCGGGAACUAUUUUAGAUGCGUCCUAGGCGAAUUGAAACGCGAACAAUGCGCACCAGGACUGCACUGGGACGCCAGGCGAGGAAUCUGUGACUGGCCUGCAGCGGCGAAAUGUCAAAUGGGAACUGAUUCUCUGACGCAAAGGCCACCAUGGAGCAGUACCGUGAGAAGCACUACCGUGACGACCACUACGUCGCAACCGAUUCCAUCGUCCACGAUGUCCAGUACGCAAGCGACCACGACCACUAGAAGACCAAUUGCCACGGAGAAACCAAACGGGAGACCCGAAAAGAGUUGCGAGCAUGGCCAGUAUUACCCGUACCCCAACUCUUGCACGAAUUUCCGGGUCUGCGUCAACGGGAAUCUCGUUUCGCAACAGUGUGGGCCAGGGCUGAACUGGAACAAUGAAAGAAGCAUGUGCGAUUGGGCCUUCAAGAACCCUUGCGUCGAGAAACCGAUGAAGAGUGCCUCCCUCGUCGUUUCAAACGCUAAGUCUAACUCGUGCAUUCCUGGCAGUUAUACCAGCGUCCCGGGGGACUGCGAGAGUUACCAGGCCUGUCUCUGGGGUCGUCACGAGAUAUUCCAAUGCGCUCCAGGGUUACACUUCAACAAACAGAGUCGUAUAUGCGAUUGGCCGGCUCGCGCUAAUUGCAAAGACGACCUGGACUCGACCGAGGAUGCGAAUUCGUCGCCGCCGAACCAACCAAUCGACGAACCGAUUUCCUCGACAAGCCAGAAACCUUGGGAGCCGAGUACCACUCAAGCCACGACCACCUCACCGUCAAUAGAAAUUGAUCCUGAUGAAGUGUCCCCUCUGUCUGGAUAUUACAAAAUCGUAUGUUACUUCACAAAUUGGGCAUGGUACCGAAGAGGUGUCGGACGGUAUCUUCCAGAAAAUAUCGAUCACACUUUGUGUACUCAUAUCAUCUAUGGAUUCGCUGUCCUGGAUUACUCAGAGCUGACCAUCAAGGCUCAUGAUUCGUGGGCUGAUUACGAUAACCGUUUCUACGAACGAGUUGUAGCUUACAAGAAACGAGGUCUGAAGGUGUUGCUCGCUCUGGGCGGAUGGAAUGAUUCCGCCGGAGACAAGUACAGUCGUCUCGUGAACAGUCCAUCAGCCAGGACGAAGUUCAUCAGUCACGCUGUUCAAUUCUUGGAAAAGUAUAAUUUCGAUGGUUUGGAUCUUGACUGGGAGUAUCCUGUCUGCUGGCAAGUUGACUGCAAGAAAGGGCCAGCCUCGGACAAAGAGGGUUUCGCAGAUUUACUCAGAGAGCUGAGCAACGAACUGAGGCCGAAGGGAUUGUUGCUCAGCGCUGCUGUUUCACCGAGCAAGAAGGUGAUCGACAAGGGUUACGACGUCCCAGCCCUGACCAAGUACUUGGACUGGAUCGCGGUGAUGACUUACGAUUUCCACGGCCAGUGGGACAAGAAAACUGGUCACGUGGCGCCCCUGUAUUACCAUCCGGAUGAUGACUAUUCUUACUUCAACGCAAAUUAUUCUAUCAACUACUGGAUCGCAAAGGGAGCUCCUCGCCGUAACAUCGUUAUGGGAAUGCCGCUGUACGGACAGUCGUUUUCAAUAAACGACCCAAGUGCAGGAACUGGCUUGAACGCUCCAGCUAGCGCUGGACAAGCUGGAGAAUUCACUAGAGCGGCUGGAUUUCUAUCAUAUUACGAGAUUUGCGACAGGAUACGAAAACGUGGCUGGAACGUCGUUCAAGAUCCGGAGAAUAGAAUGGGCCCAUAUGCUUACAAGGGCAACCAAUGGGUCAGCUUCGACGAUAUGGCGACGAUACAACGAAAAGCUCAGUUCGUCAGAGAUAUGGGUCUAGGAGGGGGGAUGGUUUGGGCCUUAGACCUCGACGACUUCCGUGGACGGUGUGGACAAGGCCACCACCCUCUGAUGCACACUCUGCAGAAAAUACUGGCGAACGGUCCUGACUCGGAGAACGAAGCUGUGAAUCCACCGAUAAACUUGGAAGAUUUGGAGGAAAAUUCGGUGACUGUAGCGCAAACCACUGUUACCACGCCACCUGUGCCGACAUCAACUUCAAAAGAUCAAGUAUCGAAUAACGAUGAAUUUAAAGUGAUUUGUUACUUCACAAAUUGGGCCUGGUAUCGUCAAGAAGGAGGAAAAUUUUUGCCGGAGGAUAUUGACACCGACCUGUGCACCCACGUACUUUAUGGUUUCGCUGUGCUCGACGGAUCGCAGUUGACGAUCAAAUCCCAUGAUCCAUGGGCCGACAUUGACAAUAAAUUCUAUGAGAGAAUAGCAGCGUUGAAGUCUAAAGGCAUUAAGGUAUUGAUGGCCAUAGGGGGUUGGAACGAUUCCGCUGGUGAUAAAUACAGCCGUCUAGUGAAUUCGCCGUCCGCAAGACGAAGAUUCAUCGAAAACGUUAUACAGUUCAUCGAGAAAUACGAGUUUGAGGGUUUAGACUUGGAUUGGGAGUAUCCAGUGUGCUGGCAGGUUGAUUGUAAAAAAGGACCAUCAUCGGACAAAGAGGGCUUUGCCAGUUUGGUGAAGGAACUAAGCGAAGCGUUCCAACCGAAAGGAUUGUUGUUGUCCGCGGCGGUUUCGCCGAGUAAACGAGUUAUCGACGAAGGUUACGAUGUACCCACCUUGGCAAGGUAUCUGGAUUGGAUAGCCGUCAUGACCUACGAUUACCAUGGUCAGUGGGAUAAGAAAACCGGUCACGUAGCGCCUCUAUACCAUUUACCCGGCGACUGGGAGCCGACUUUUAACGCCAACUUCUCCAUUCACUACUGGAUGGAAAAAGGUGCUCCAGCUAAAAAACUCGUAAUGGGAGCGCCCUUGUAUGGACAGUCAUUCUCUUUAGCAGAAAGAACUCAAAGGGGUCUCAAUGCGCCAACUUAUGGCGGAGGCGAGGCUGGGGAAGCGACCAGAGCAAGAGGUUUCUUAUCAUACUACGAAAUAUGUGAGAGGACCUUAACAAAAGGCUGGACGGUGGUUCAAGAUAAAGAGAGACGCAUCGGCCCAUAUGCCUACAAAGGUGACCAAUGGGUAAGUUUCGAUGAUGCGAAACAAAUGAAGCUCAAAGCGGAAUUAAUAAAGGACAUCGGUCUGGCUGGUGGCAUGGUGUGGGCCCUCGAUUUAGACGACUUCAAAAACAAGUGCGGCUGCGAACCAAGUCCUCUUCUGAGGACUAUGAACAGAGUUCUGAGAAACUACCCCGACAGACCAUUGUGUCCAAUAACGACUGAAUUUACGACGAUCGACGCUGCUGAAAUCAACACACAGCCACCGACUUCUCAGCAACCGAGUUGGGAGCCAACGACUUCUCAGCGUCCCAAUUGGGAACCUACAACAUCACAGCGACCCGAUUGGGAGCCUGCGACUUCCGAGCAAUCCAGUUGGGAGCCUAUCACUCCUUCUAAGCCAACUUCUUUUCCGGCAACGUCAUCGUCUACGACUUCAGCCGUUGACAUCGAUGACACCAUCGAGGUAGUGGCUGUCGAUCCACCGGCGUUGGCUCCGCCAGAAGACUGCCAUGGCCGUUUAUUUGUUCCGCACAAGAAGGAUUGCUCCAAAUAUUUCUUGUGCAAUUUUGGUAGACUAACCGAGUACUCUUGCCCGUCUGGUCUUUAUUGGAACGAGAAUCGCUGCGAUUGGCCGGAGAAUACUCGGUGCAAGGAGCUUCAGCGACAGUCAAACGAAUUCCUGCCUAUGAUCGCCAACCAAAAAAAUGACAAUAAGAAGAAAGUAAUUUGCUACCUAAUGAAAUGGUCGCGAAAACGACCCAGAGAUGGCCGAUUUAUGCCAGAAGACAUCGACCUGGAUUUAUGCACGCACAUUGUUUACGGCCUAGCUACGUUGGACUCGGAACUGCUCAGGAUACAGAAUCCCCAGAGUAGCAGACAGAAAGAGUUUCUCGAGCGAAUAACGACCAUUAAAAGCAAGACUGGAUUAAAGCUUCUCCUGGGUCUAGGAGGCUGGGAGGAAUCUAAAGAUGACAAAUUCAGUAGAUUGGCGCAUAGCUCGAUCGAACGACAAAGAUUUGCGCGUCACGCUACGCGUUAUAUCGAGAGUCAUGGAUUCGACGGCUUGGAUAUUAUCUGGGAAUACCCAGUAUGCUGGCAGGUUAACUGUAGCCGUGGACCACCAAGCGACCGAGAAGCCUUCGCACUCUUGCUGAAGGAACUAAACGCGGCGUUUCAUCCGAAAGGGUUGCUCCUUUCGGCCGCUGUUUCAGCGAGCAAGGAUGUCAUAGACGUUGCAUACGAUGCCUCAGCUUUAACGAAUUACUUGGACUGGAUAAACGUGAUGAGCUACGAUUAUCAUGGCUUCUGGGAUGGCAAAACCGGUCACGUGGCUCCGCUGUAUCCUAAUUCGAAAGAGGAAAUGAAUCAAUUGAAUGCCAACUUCUCUAUAAUUUAUUGGCUAGAGCGAGGUGUGCCAUCCAGCAAGCUCGUGAUGGGUAUACCAGCUUAUGGACAAAGUUUCACGUUGUCGGAAAAACCACAGACUAAGGAGAUUCCAGGGUUUAAUGUACAAACUUCCGGGCCUGGUCGUCCAGGAGAAUUCACGAAAUCGGCUGGUCUACUUGCCUAUUACGAGAUAUGCGAUAACGCGAAGAACAAACGGUGGUCUGUGACUGAAAAUCCGGGCGGUCGGGUCGGACCUUACAUUACCAAGGGUGAUCAGUGGAUCAGUUACGAUGACGUAUCCAGUAUAUUACAGAAGGCUGAAUUUAUAAAUACCCUAAAUCUCGGCGGUGCGAUGAUGUGGUCUCUGGACAUGGACGAUUUCAGAGGGCGGUGCGGUUACGGUAGAUACCCCUUAUUGUCAGCAGUCAAUCAAGGAAUCAGAGGAAACCGUGAUCCUAGAAUGGACUAUACUUGAAAGAGAAGCGAAUGCCUCGAUAAAACAUCAAACACGCGAAUGGUUCACAAAUGGCAGUUUCCAUUAACGUUACGUUUUACUUUCGCGGUUCUUGCUAAAUCUCUGAUCGCUCAAGAAGACAUCGGCUGAUGCAGCGAUUUCUUCGCUCGCGAUGACUUCGCCACUAUGGGGCACUAAAACUAAAUUUGUUAAUAUUUUUUUACAA